AUGGGGUCUGUGUUUUGUCCCUGCUACGAGCCUCCGGGCGCCGCCGAGAAGGUCCCGCUGACCCUGCACGAUCCGAGUCUGCGACACCCGAUAGAAGAGCUGUAUUUCUGCCAUACCUGCCGCAGCAUCAAAUGCUACCGUUGUGUCGAUCUGGAACACGGGCCCAAGUUUUGUCCGUCCUGUUGGCGGUCCUUUGACCACGAGGCGCGGUACUGUCAACGCCAUUGCUUCAGGUGUCCGUCGUGCCGCUCACGACUUCGCGUGAAGGCAGACAGCAACGACGAGGACACAAAAAUCAGCAAGAGCUUUCGAUUCAAUUGUGCCAACUGUAAAUGGACCUACACCACAGGCAAGCUCACCAAGCCGCAGCCGUUGUACGAAAUCAUUAGGGAGAGAAGCAAAACGGUGCUGGAGCGCCGCUUUAGCGAGCUCAAGACGUAUUAUGAGAACCUCUACGAGACACUUCAUAUUAGCGAAGCACGGCAUCGAAAGCGUUUGGUUGGGAGAUUCUCGUCGCUGGAACUCGCGCAUGUAGUGGAGCAUCGCAAAUUACCCGAAAUCGGGGUAAUCAGAGAACAGACGGUUGAACAGCCCGAGCUCCCGCUGUUUCAGGAACUAUGCUGUAAAUCGAGCGUGCGGUGCAAGAGCUGUCGCAACGUUUUGGUGCAACCGAGUUCCGAGCCUUCGUCGAGCUCUUUUGAGACGCUGUCCAUGGCCAUAAGCAGACUGCCGGUUCUUGAGUGCAUUGGUUCGACUUUGGUGAUCACGAAUCCGAGCAAGGAGUCGAUGGAAGUUCAGCUACAUCUGAUGGAUAGCGAGGUUUUGACAUUAUACGAAACGCGGCUCUAUUUGAGUGCUCGUCCAGAGUGCAAGACGCCUGAGGAAUAUGCAAAAUCCAUUCCCACUCCGAAACUCACCAACUCGAGAGCGGAAGCUCUAUCGCGCACAGAGGAAGGACCGAAUUGGAAGAUCGUCAAGGCAGAGAUUCUGAAAGCCCAGGAGAUACCAAUAUUGCUAACUGCGAAAACAGACACAGCAAGCUUCUCGUGGUGGCAGUUCCUCAGAAUUUCUUAA